AUGGAUAAUCCAUAUUUCCUUGACGAAAAUCUAGAACAAUCAGUUGUUAUGAAAUCUUUGGAUAGUUCUGAAGAUGAAUUUCAAUUUGAAAUGGCAGACUUGUUGGGCCUUAACGAGCGUCCCAAACGCAUAAGAAACCCAAUAUCACUCGAGAAGUCUGCGUCUAAAUUUCUAAUUGAACUCUAUAAUUCCAUAAGAGAAGAGGAGGAGGAAACUCAUGUUUCGAAUCACCAUAAACGAGUUGCCCGGAGUGCAUUCGUUAAUAAGGAAGACCGUUCUGUUAUUGAAAAUUGCAACAACAUAAUAACGUUCUCCAGCAAAAAAUCCAAAUCAAACAGAAAGCUUAAUAGAUCACAAAUGGCGGCUACUUUCAACACCAACAACGUUCCUGAAGACUUACAACUUGUCCGUGCAGAACUAAGAAUUUUUCAAAACUCAAAGUUGGCACUUCGCAAAUUCCAAUAUGAACGCAAUCUAACAAUUUCAGUUUAUCAUAGAGUUCUUCAUAGGAAACUGCAAAAAAUCGAGCUACGACUGCUAAACAGUUUUACCACAACCACAAACUACAAUGGCUGGUUGGAAGCCAAUGUGACAAGAACUGUAUCGAAAUGGCUCCUAAGAGGAUACACUCCAAACGGACAUGAACUUAUUAUUUCCAGCCAACUUACCGGCAUAAGCAAUAAUGUACUUGCAGAAAAUGACAACAAUCUAUCUCCAAAAGAUAUUGGACUGAUCGAUCAAUCUGGGAGUGAGGAAAAUCAACCAUUUAUCAUUGGGUAUUUCAACGGACCAGAGCUAUUGAACAAAAUUCAACAUCUUCGAGUUAAACGAGACAUCGGCAGAAAAAAGACCUUUUCAUCAUCAGAUUAUUCUGAUUACACUGAGGGAGAAAGUUAUAAAAUUCCAAAAAAUUGUGAACGCAUGAAUUUUUCAAUUGAUUUUAAAGAUUUGCAAAUGCAAGAUUGGGUUAUUGCGCCAAAGAAAUUCGAAGCAUACUUUUGUGGUGGCGAUUGCAAUUUUCCGUUGGGUUCAAAAAUGAAUGCCACAAAUCAUGCGAUAGUCCAAACACUUAUGCAUCUCAAACAACCCAAUUUACCGAAACCCUGCUGUGUUCCUACUGUUUUAGGAUCGAUAUCAAUUUUACAUUAUCUCAAUGAGGAUAGUGUUAAUUUAAGUAAAUACCCAAACAGUGUUGCGAAAAGUUGUGGAUGUCUCUAA